AUGGCAGUCAAACUGGAUAUGAGCAAGGCAUAUGAUAGGGCAGAAUGGAGUUUUGUGGAGGAGGUAAUGAAGAAAAUGGGUUUUGACUCAGAGUGGGUGACUAUACUGUUAAGAUGCGUUACUUUAGUUUCUUAUUCAGUGGUUAUUAACAAUCACAUUGGAGAAUCUUUCUAUCCAACUAGAGGACUCCGACAGGGGGACCCAUUGAGUCCGUUUUUAUUUUUAUUUUGUGGAGAAGGUCUUUCUAGUCUUAUGAAGCUGGGUAUGAUGGAGAAUAGAGUAAGAGGAGUUAAGGCAAGCAAAAGUAGGCCACCGGUUUCACAUUUACUUUUUGCAGAUGAUUGUUUGUUGUUCGGGGAAGCUACAGAGAGGAGUUCAAUUUAUUUAAAACAGAUUCUGCAUAAUUAUGAAGUUUGCUCAGGACAAAAAGUAAACUUUUCAAAAUCCACGAUUUUCUUCAGCAGUAAUUCCCAAGAAGAGGAAAGACGAACAAUUACUCGAGUUCUUGGAGUGCGAAGGUCUGACAAUAUGGAAAGAUAUCUAGGGUUACCUAAUUUGGUGGGGAGAAGGAAAAAGGAGGCGUUCCAGAUUUUGAAAGACAAGUUCAAACAACGAAUUGAAAAUUGGAGCAUCAAGUAUCUUUCACAAGGAGGUAAGGAGAUUUUUAUCAAAGCAAUUUUACAAUCCAUACCAACAUACGCAAUGUCUUGUUUUUUACUUCCUAAAUCUUUAUGCAAUGAGUUAGAGGGAAUUAUUGCAAAGUAUUGGUGGCAGAAAAAUAAAAGGAAAAAAGGGAUACAUUGGUGCGCAUGGAAAGACGUUUGUUUACAAAAAGAGUCGGGUGGUUUAGGUUUUAGAAGUUUUAAUAAGUUUAACGUGGCAUUAUUAGCCAAACAGGGUUGGCGUCUUUUCAAUUAUCCGAGUUAUUUGUUAGCCCGAGUUUUAAAAGCCAAAUAUUUCCCAAAAACAAAUUUCUUAAAUGCUUCUUUGGGUAACCUACCUUCACUCACCUGGAGGAGUAUUUGGGCAUCAAAAAAGCUUUUGUUGGACGGCUUAUGUUGGAGAGUUGGAAUAGGGAACAGUAUAUCGAUAUGGAAUGACCGCUGGAUACCAGGAGUUACUGAAGACAAUUUACAGAACAACAGCAGAAAUGAUGGAAUAAGAUUAGUGUCUGACUUAAUCAACGAAGGAAGUAAAACAUGGAACAGAGAUUUGAUUGUCAAUACCUUUACUAUGGAUAUUGCGAAGAAGAUAAUGCAGAUUCCGCUUUCAAAAUCAAGCCAAGCAGACUUUCAGGUAUGGAGAGGGGAGGCGACCGGAAUCUUCUCAGUAAGAAGCACCUAUAAACUAUUACAGGAGUCUACUAUAGAUCCUAAUGCUUAUUUACAGACCCAUAUAAAAAAAAUUUUCAGGAAACUAUGGAAUCUAAAUUUGCCUUCAAAAAUCAAGAUAACAGUGUGGAAAAUCGCAUGGAAUUACAUUCCAACUUUCUCCAACUUAAAGCUAAGAAGAAUAAUGACAGAAGAUCGAUGUCUGAAGUGCGGACAGGAAGCUGAAGAUAGUGAACAUGUCUUUCAAAGGUGCCCUAUUGUGGAAGAAGUAUGGAGUCAGUUGAAUUUUUCAUGGAUACUUAAUAAUAGUCAUUUAGAUCUAUGGAGCUGGCUUACCUGGGUUUUCAGUGAAGGAACAAAUGAACAGUGUCGAAGUUUCUGCUGUGGGCUAUGGAUAAUCUGGACAAGUAGAAAUAAAUUUCUUUAUGAAGGUAAAAUCAGUACCAAUUGGGAAUUAUCCAAGCAAAUCAAAAGUUAUAUUUUAGAUCUAGAUGGUAUUAAAGAACGGGAACUCACCUUAGUAACUAGUACAAGGUCUAGUCAGAGGCUACAAAGAGCGAACACGGCCAUCUUCUUCAAUGCGGCUUUUGACUUCCAGAAUAACAGAUCUGCGUCAGGCCUAGUUGUUAAGGAGCCGGAAGGAAGAAUCGUGGUUGCAAAGUCGAUCCUCUAUGAAAAUGUUGCAUCACCAUUCACAGCAGAGGCAUAUGCAGGGUUCCUCUUCAUACCAAGAACUGGAAAUAUUGAAGCACAUAGAUUAGCAAAAGAAACGCUUACGAAGGGAGAGGAACAAUACCUGGAAGGAGAGACUUUAAGAGUAUUCUAUGAAGAGCAGGACCCAACUCGACUGGUUUAUUCGGAGCAAAGGGAAAGGAGAUAA